CCGUGGUCCCUGCCGCCUGACGCGGCGAUGCCGAGCACCUGUCGCCUCAGAGUUGCUGCCAGCGCCCUCCCUCCCGUUCCGCAGGGCGUGGGUCCCGGGUCCCCUGACCUCACGGCGCCGUCUAUUUAUAGCACUCGGCCGGCACAAGCCCAUAUUGGGCAGUGCGGGCCAGUCCCGCUGGCCGCCCGCCCGGCCCUCCCGACCCGGGAGCGUCCCGGUGGCUACCAGGCCAGGUCGCGGUGCCAUCGCGGGCGGCCUCUGAGGAGCGAGGGGGUCCGUGCUCCAUAAUUUUUUCCUUAGAAGAAAACAGCUUCUUUUCCUUCCCUCAGGAAUGUUACACAACAUCUCUGUUGUUUUGUGAGAAAUUAGACAUGCAAACAGCCCCUCAAGAAUCGAGCUAAAUUUAAAGAAGACUUACUUAGAAACAUUGGAGAGUGUAUCAUGGCGUACAAGACCGAGGGAAAAGAAAAAUGCCAGCACAGCUUGAAUUUACUGAAUAAAGUUAAGAACAUGAAAGAAUUAGGAGAAAUGAUUGAUGUGGUACUCAUAGCGGAAGGGGAGAGAUUUCCUUGCCACAGACUGAUCCUCGCCGCGUUUAGUCCUUAUUUCAAAGCCAUGUUCACCUGUGGACUCCUUGAAUGUACUCAGAGGGAAGUCAUACUGUAUGACAUGACAGCAGAAAGCGUAUCGGUGAUAUUAAAUUACAUGUAUAACGCGGCUUUGGACAUCAAUAAUGCCAAUGUACAGACCGUAGCUAUGGCUGCCUAUUUUAUGCAGAUGGAAGAAAUCUUCAGUGUGUGUCAAAAAUAUAUGAUGGACCAUAUGGAUGCUUCGAACUGUGUAGGUAUCUAUUAUUUUGCAAAGCAGAUUGGAGCUGAAGAUUUAUCUGAUCACUCAAAGAAAUACUUGUAUCAACACUUUGCUGAGGUGAGCUUACAUGAAGAAAUCCUGGAAAUUGAAUUGUACCAAUUUCUGACGCUUAUUAAAUCGGACGACCUUAACAUAUCCAGAGAGGAGAGCAUUCUGGACUUAGUUCUGAGAUGGGUAAAUCAUAACGCAGUACUGCGCACCGAGCAUCUUGUUGAGCUUUUGAAGCAAGUCAGAUUGGAACUUGUAAAUCCUUCCUUUUUAAGACAAGCCCUGAAAAGGAACACAAUGCUUCUGUGUGAUGCGGACUGCAUCGACAUAAUUCAAAACGCAUUCAAAGCCCUCAAGACCCCCCAGCCACACUCUCCAAAUCUUCGUUACGGCAUGGAGACUACUAGCCUUUUGCUCUGCAUUGGCAACAAUUCAUCAGGAAUCAGGUCAAGGCACAGGAACUAUGGGGAUGCCAGUUUUUGUUAUGACCCCACAUCACAGAAGACCUAUUUCAUCUCGUCUCCCAAGUAUGGGGAGGGUUUAGGAACCGUGUGUACUGGUGUUAUCAUGGAGAACAACACUAUAAUUGUAGCUGGAGAAGCAAGUGCCUCCAAACUCUCUAGACAAAAGAACAAGAAUGUUGAAAUCUAUAGGUAUCACGAUAGAGGAAACCAGUUUUGGGAAAAGUUAUGCACAACUGAAUUUCGAGAGCUCUAUGCUUUGGGCAGUGUCCAUAAUGACCUCUAUGUUAUAGGGGGACAGAUGAAAAUUAAGCACCAGUAUCUUAUUACAAACUGUGUUGAUAAGUACUCUGUAGACCGGGACAACUGGAAAAGGGUGUCUCCCCUUCCACUACAGUUGGCGUGUCAUGCUGUGGUAACAGUCAAUAGUAAACUCUAUGUGAUGGGAGGCUGGACCCCGCAGAUGGAUCUUCCUGAUGAAGAACCUGAUCGAUUAAGCAGCAAACUGUUGCAGUAUGACCCCAGCCAAGAUCAAUGGACGGAGCGGGCGCCCAUGAAAUACUCCAAGUACCGAUUCAGUACAGCUGUCCUCAACAGUGAGAUUUAUGUUUUGGGUGGAAUUGGCUGCUUAGGUCAAGACAAAGGCCAAGUUCGAAAGUGCCUUGACGUGGUGGAGAUCUAUAACCCUGAUGGGGACUUUUGGAGAGAGGGCCCACCUAUGCCAAGUCCCCUGCUCUCACUUCGAACCAAUUCUACCAAUGCAGGAGCUGUGGAUGGGAAGCUGUAUGUCUGUGGGGGUUUCCACGGAGCAGACCGCCAUGAGGUUAUCUCCAAAGAAAUCUUGGAGCUAGACCCAUGGGAAAACCAAUGGAACAUUGUAGCCGUCAAUGUCCUCAUGCAUGACAGCUAUGAUGUCUGCCUGGUGGCCAGGAUGAAUCCCCGAGACCUCAUCCCCCCGCCUUCAGAUUUGGUGGAAGAAGGCGGUGAGCACUGAGGUCAGCACUGCUCUGCGGCCUCUGUUUUGUCUGCAAAGGAGGCUUUAGGAACAGAGAGCCCACAGCUUCCGCCCGCACCCAGGACGUGUGUUGCAUGCAUAGUGGCCCAUGUGAAAAAAGCAGUGUGUGCUGGGUGCUCAGUGUGCACGGUCCACCCUCAAGGACCUCCAGUUGGUGAAGAUGGACAAGACACUACAAGGCUGAGUGUGACCAUGGCACAAGUGCACAGGGAGGGUGCCACAGGAGUGCAGGGGAAGGAGGGGCCUCGCAGUGCUGGGGCCUCCAGGGCACGUUACCAAACAUUACCUGGGCCUCCAAGGAUGAGGAUGAAGCAGUCCCAUGAUAAGGCCAUGGAAAUAGCUGAGCAAAGGCACAGAGCAUGGCCAGAUGGCCUGGGCUACACACUCUGCUACUAAGGCUGGAAAAGCCAGUUGUAACUAAAUGACCAAUACCAGGCAGACCCAGGACUCUGGACGUGGUCUCUGAGCACAGUCUCAAAAUUGUGAGGUUAAGGGUAGAUGUCUCUCUGUGCUCUGUUCUGGCCUCAGUCUUAACACUGUCCAUUCACAUGCAGAAUAUACCCUUCUACUGUGGCAGCGUUGUGCAAAGUGGAACUAGCGGUGGGUUACAGUUUCCUAGCGGCCCUGGCACUCAGCCCCCACCGCAGUGAGCGGAGGAUUGCCACCCCGGGUCAGGUGCCCGUCAGGGACAGAGAAGUGGAGGUCUACAGCCCCAGCCCUCCCUGGGGUCGGUAAGUGUCCUGGACUGGACUGCCCUGGACUGGCUCUCAGCACACACACCUCUGCAGGUUGGCCCUGGCUAAAGACAACUGUCCUAGACCAGCAGCAGCCGGGGCCCUGCAGUGGAGGAGAGGAGGCACAUCGCCUCGGCUGCCUGCUGCCUCUUGGAUCCAGCCUUGGCAGUAUCUUCCCCAACACUGGAGGGAAAGCAUGGAGCUGCCUCUUUAGCCCACAGUUGAGCACAAUCAGAAAGCAGCUACUCCCAAAAUGUAUUUCAGAGAUGACAUUUAAACAGCACCUGGGACACUGCAUCCAUUUUACUUACUAUCUAUACUUCUGGAAGCAGAGUGGAUUCAAAGAAUGCAUUUGGUAGCUGUUCUUCAACAACUUCUCAAGGCUUCCACACUGCACAGCACUCUUUUGUAAAUAGGAGCGGUCAAUACAUUUUCCCAGAGGGGGACAGCCUGGCUUGAGACAGCUCUCCUUUGCUGCAGAACUUCUUUGCUGGGUCUGUGGUGACCGCUAGCCCGGGUGCCCAGGUUCCAGCUGCUCCACCAGGCAGCAGAGGCGGGUCCAGAUGGAAACCUGUUGCUGCCUCCUUAAGGGGGGACCACUUAGACCAGCGUGGUUGUCCCCUGGCAGACUGGAUGCUAGGAGAGCAGGGACCCUGUCUCUCUGUAGCUGUGCCCUGGUGGCACAUGGGUGGACCUUUGUGUGGCCAGCGUGGGGUAGCAUUUCUCCAUCUGAAGACUGCUCUCGAGCAUGUCUAGGAAUCUGAGUUUCAGCGAGCUAAGCCUUCUCCCUGGUGGAGGCCAUAAUCUCUGCAUUCUUUCCCUCCCUGCAAAGUCGGAGCAGACCCUCCUGGGGGGCUAUGCCAGCUGGGGGCCACCAGAUCUCUGCUUCCCGCACUUCCUCAUAACAGAACCGCUGCACUUGCUGGAACAAACCAGAAGCUGCCACAUUUCCCCGGACCGGGCAGGCCUUCUGGGAGUGUCAUGAUACAUCUUCUAGAUGCACUGGGUACAAAAUCUAGGCUCCAGCCCCCAGCUUUUCUACUUAGCUAAUGGUGUGGCCGUGGACAAAAUGACCUUCCCAAAGCCUUAUUUUCCUCAAAUGCAAAAUGGAAAGAAAAAUGCUUCAUAGCGCUGGUGUGAGGACUGAGUGAGAAGGUGCCGAGCAAAGUGCCGGCUUGAUUCAGAAACAGUAGACCUUCUGUAGCAGCUCUUGUUUUUAUUACCGUGACCAUUGUAACCAGCGUUUCUCAAAGCAGAGCGCCCCAAACAACCCGGGACUUGAGUGGAAUCUCUUGGGAUUUCAGGGACACAGUCCUUCAUUUCCCGGAGCCGGCAGCCAGGCAGCUGAGGUGGGCAUCGGAUGAACAAGCGAGGCUUUGCGUCAGUAUUUGCUCUGGGCUCUGGGUGCUUCCUGUCCUGCACGUUUGUAAUUACAGACAAGACACUUCCGCUCACCUCGUAUUGGAUAUCGUUAGAGAUCCCAGUUUGAAGCCUCAUUUCCCCACCCCUCCUUUUUCCACUUUAGCUGAAGGGUGUCUCGUCAUCGCCCGGAGGACUCAUAAAACUUAACUGUUCCCUCCUUCCAGUCUUGGGGAGGCGGGAUUGCUUGACCCUGAGCAACACAGCAGGGGGAUGACCAGGGCGCUUCCGCUGUCAGCCUACCCCGGGCGCAGUUUGUGUCCAUCAGGAAAGCGACACUGUUCUCACUGAUCGACUUUCUAACAAGCAAAUGCUUCAAAUUUGAACUUACAAAAUAAAGUUUUACUAAUGAAG